AUGCUUUCCUUAACUCCAAUUAAUAAAUAUUUUAAUCGCGAUCUUUUCAGUGAUCCAUUCAAAUCUGCCAGAAACGAAUUAACCAAGUUCGAUUCUCCAUUUGAGAUUGAUAACUGGUUUUCUGAAUUCGAUAAAGAUCCCUUCUUCAAGGAUAUUCCAAUUGAAUCCCCAUUUGAGAUGAAAGAAGAGGAUCACGAAUAUACAAUACAAUUGAACGACAUCAAAGAUAAAGAAUUCAAAGUCGAUUUCAAUAAAAAGGAAAAUAAAUUAAGCAUAGAAACAACCUAUCAAUCUACAACUAACAACGAAGAUGGAGAAUCUAGCUACACCAGUUCCUCAGUGAAUUCUGUUGUUUUCGACAAAGAAGUCAGCUUCGACGAAAUAAGAAGUGAUGCCGAUGAAUCCAACGAUUCCUUGGUUAUUCAUAUCCCUAAAAAUGUUGAAUCCUCUCAAUAA